AUGUCAAAUUCGGAUACUAUCAUUGAAAAUUUCGAAAAUAUCUUAAACGAAUUUCCAAGUUUAAAACCUCCAGGUGUAUCUGGUGCUAGAAUUAAAAAAUUAACUGAACUAAUCAUUAAAAAUAACAACCUAUAUAUCCAACUAAUCGAUAAAUUAUACUCUCAUUGUAACAACAUUAAUCAAUCUCACAAACUAGGUGCUCUCUAUCUCUUGGACUCAAUAUCAAGAGCCUUUCAAAAUCAAAUCUCUAAAAAUUCAAAUUCAAUCUCAAAUCUAAAUUACUCAAAUGCCUUGAAUAAACUAAGAAGCUUCGUUCCUGAUUUACUAGACUCAACUCUACUAAAUCUAUCCAAUGAUUCAACUGACUCAAAUGACUCAACCCAAAAGGAAAAGAUCCAUAAAUUAAUCAAGAUUUGGCAAAAAUCAAAGACCUUUGAUAACUCAACUCUACAAAAUAUCAUAAAUAAAUACUACAAUAACACUAACAAUGAUAACACAAUUCCAACUAACAACACCUCAACAAAAUUUAAAUCAAUCAUCUCUUCUUCAUCUGCCAACAAUACCCUCAACUCAGCUCCCCCUUCUUCAGAAAAUAACUCAAACCCAUUGGACCUCUUGAAAUCUUUAGCCUCUUUGGCCAAUAAACCUCAGCCCCCAAUUAAAUCCCCAUCUCCUCCUCUAAACCUACCUUUAAAUACUCCUCCAACAACCAACUCAAUUUUAAACUCAUUCAACAGUCCAACCAAACUAUUUAAAAGCUCUCAAAACUCUCGUGGUCGCCGUAUGGGUCGUUUGGACAAUAAUAAUAAUAUGAAUAGUAUGAAUAAUAUGAAUAAUAUGAGCAAUAUGAACAAUACGAACAACAUGAGUAAUAGAUUUAACCAUCAUGAUAGAUCAAGAUCUCCAAACAUGAACCGUAAUCUGUAUCGUAAUGAUCGUAGUGGUCGUAAUGAUUCUUUCAAUUCAAGAUUACCUUCAAAAGAUAGAAAUGUAAAUAAUAAACUAUUAACUCAGCCUCAAGGCCACGUUGUUGGCGAAUUGAAUACUCCUGGUACUGCCCAUUAUAGAGAAAGAAAUGUAUCUUUUGAUCCACGUCUACCUAGUGGUUUAAUUAAAGUCUUGAGUAGAACUGUAUUUAUUGGAGGUGUUCCGCCCUCAAUGAAUGAAAAAGGUUUGGCCGAUAUUUUGCGUCCAUAUGCUGAAGUUCAAUCUGUAAUUUUGAAUUCUGAAAGAAAACAUGCUUUUGUCAAAGUGUAUUCAAGAAAAGAAGCUGAAAAUGUUCUAGCAUCCUUCAGCAAAAACAGUAACCCAAACUUAUCCUUAAGAACAAGAUGGGGGGUUGGCUUUGGUCCAAGAGACUGCUGCGACUAUCAACACGGUGUCAGUAUAAUUCCCCUAGCCAGAUUGACUGAUGCUGACAAAAGGUGGAUGGUGAAGGCUCAAUGGGGAGGAACUGGGGGCAAAGAGUUGGUUCCAGGUGUGGUUGUAGAGGAACCCGAUAUCGAGGUUGGUGCUGGUUUAUCUUCCAAGGCUAUUAGCAAGAAAAUGCCCACCAAUGGCUCCAGAAAUGGUCCAAGAUCCACAAAACCUGGUGAGCCUGACGACUUUUACACUGAUCCAUUCAAUAACAACACCACUGUGCCAUUAAUUUCUAAUGAUUCUAAUCCACUAGCUAACCUCUUCAGCAACAGCAACGCCAACAGCCAAACUAACUCUCAAAUGUCUCCACAAAACAGUCAAGUAUCAGCUCUUCUCAGCACUCUCAGCUCAAUGAUGCCUCAGCAAAGUACACAGUAA